AGUGUAUCAAUAAAUUCUAGUGAUAAUUCAAUAUGAAACUUUUAAUAUCGAUAAUAGUUUGGUGUUGCGUCAAAUGUGUGUUUACUUCACAAUGCUAUUGGAAUAAUGCGUGCAAAUACAAAUAUUUUUCAAGUAAAACUCCCUACGAAAUUAUUAGAGGCGAUAUAAGGGAUUCAAUCGCAAAACUGCGAGAUUUCGGAAAUAAACAAUGUGAACCCAUCAGUAUCUGGGUUACUGUAAGACACGGGAAACGAAACCCAAGCACAAAGUUCGCAGAAGAUAUAAAAGCAUUCCUAACAUAUAGAGACCAGAUCGUAGCAAGUUACAAAAUGGGAAACAGCACGCUAUGUGCGCAAGAUAUUGAGAAUAUCAAAAAUUGGGAGGUCGACACAGAUAUGUUUGUAAGACAUAACGAAAUUGACGCUGAAGGAUAUCAAGAGCUUGUAAAUAUUGCUCAACGGUUUAAGGAAGCCUUUCCAGAGCUACUGAAUGAAAUCCAGAACAAAGAUUAUGAAAUUCUCACAGCAUACGGCAGCCGAAUGACUGAUAGUGCAAAAGCGUUUAAUGAGGGUCUCACUACUUAUAAUUUGACUAUCAGUGAGGCUGAAAAUAAUUACAGCGUUCUUGCACCGUACGCAUCGUGUGGAAGAUAUCAAAUAGACGUCCGGCGUAAUCCAAAUAUUUAUGCUGAAGAAGUUGUUUACACGGGAACUGCUGAAUAUCAGAAUAUGAAAGAACGACUCUUAAGGAAAUUAGGCCUUGAUGUGGAUUUAACAAGCAACAACAUCACAGCUAUAUACGACUUGUGCCGCUAUAGUUGGGAAGGCAUCAACAACAAACCUAGUCCUUGGUGUGCUCUAUUCACUGAAGAGGACUUGCAAGUUCUAGAAUAUAUUGGCGACAUUAGACAUUACUACAGGAAUGGGUAUGGAGCAUCGAAAUACACUAAAAUACUUGGUCAAAUACCAUUGUCUGAUAUGCUAACAAAGUUUGAAGAAGCCAAGAGAGGCAGGGGCAAAACAUUAGUGACAUACUUCACGCAUGCCACAAUGUUGGAUAUGAUCUUAGUAGCGCUUAAUCUACAUAAUGACACGAACCCACUCAUGGGGACCCAUAGAAAUAUCUAUAGAAAAUGGAGGAGUACAUUUUUAUCUCCGUUCGCAAAUAACCUGAUUGGAGUUUUAUACCGGUGUAGUUCCUACGGCAGUAUUGACUACGAUUAUAACGUCGCCCUAUAUUGGAAUGAGUUGCCAUUACUAGAACUAUGCAAGGAAGGAGUCUGUUCGUGGUGGGAGUUCCAGAAAUUAUUUAAACCAUUCUCGAACACAAAUGUAGACGUUUGUGAAUUUAAAUGGACUAGUGUAGAUUAAUAUUAAAUUACGAUGAUAAGAAGAUUAUGCCCUGUGACAAAGCCCGCCUAUUUAUUCCGACUAUAUCUAUGUGAAGUUUCAAAUAAAUGUUUAUUUGUUAUUA